UUCUAGUAAAUAAAACGUAAAAGAGCACCAUGAGAGUUGAAAGGUUAUAAAGAGGAGGCGAGUGAAACAAAUGCCGUGAACUUUAAUCUUUGUAAAUAAACUGUUGGUGAGAGCAAUGGUCUGCUGGUUGUAUCUGUGUAAUUAUGUUCAGUUGCGUUUAAGGAAUUGUGUAGAAAUAACAAGGGACUGUUUUCUUAAAGUGGUAGAAUCGAAUCAUUUAAAUCGUGAAGAUAGUUCCAAGUGAUUGAUCGUGGAAAAUUUCGUGUGAGCUGGAUUCUAUGCGCAGGUUAUGGCAUAUUCAUUUGUAAUAAAUCGGCUUAAAGCUAUGUUUAUGUUUCUUUUUGGAAUAAUAAAAACAGCACUGUGUUGUUUUCGUCGACGAAGAAAGCAAUCUUUCGAUGCCAUACCGUUGACCACUGUCGGCGUGGUCCCUAAUAGUGCAACGGCAAAUGGGGACUCUUCUGGCGCGGAGCUGCACAGCUGGAACUCGUGGGGGGACAACCCCGCGGCCGUCGUGUCCCAGAAGGACCCCAUCCAGCAGCAGAUAGAGCAGUACCGCCAGCAGGCCGCCAGGAGCAACUCUACCGGCAACGACGAGGAGGCAGUCCAGCCGAAUUUCUUUGAGGACAUGACUCCUCAAAUCACGAAACAGACAAAGAUUUUGCUGCGCACAAACGAUGCAAAACCUGCUGGCUGGGGAGAGACGGUUUCUUCUCGGCUGACUCUGGCCGUUGACCCCGUCUUGUGCAGUUCGCCGGACCUGGGCACGUGGGAGGACUCGCCCGGCUGGGAGGACCAGACGCAGGAGGACUGGGACCCGGAUGCCAUCCUGAGGGAGAAGAGGCGUCUGGAGCGCCAGCGCCGGCUCACCGCCCAGCAGCAGAAGAAGCAGGAGAAGGAGCUGUCCAAGGUCGGCCGGGCGCCUGCGCUGGGGGCCCGCAUCAGCUGAUACCAGCCCCGCCGCGAGGAGCUGGGCAUCCCCCAACACUCCGGACUCUGUCUCGGGAAGUAACCCCCCGGGUAACAGUCCAGGGAAUUCAUUUGGGAGCGACGUGGCACCAUGCGAUAGUUUGUAUUUUCACUAGAGGCUCACAGUUACGACAGUGUCGGGCACAAUUGGAGGCAGCCCUCUGCUAUUUUGUGCAACAAGUUCUUGACAAGCAUUGGACCUUAUUUUUUCUGUUCGUAAAUUAAGGUCCAAUACCAGAGAGCUGAGAAAGUAUUGCGACUCUCCCGAUUCAAACAGUCCUUGUUGGCCUUGAUCGCUAACACAACAGUCGCGAAGCACAGGUUUGCAAGUUAGAAUCUAAAUUCCAUCAUGAAUCAAAUUUUUGAGCACUGAGUCAGUACUCCCCUUUGGUUCGGAAACCACACUGCAAAGAUGUAAAAAGUACAAUACAACUAUGCACAUCGAUUAGUAAGCUAAACAGUUGGAAUGCAGUAUACUUUGAUAUUGAGUCAAGUAGUGAAAAAAAAAAAAGAGAAUUUUUGAGACUAGUAGCCAGGACAAUCAUUUUUACAUUUUUCUGUCAAGAUGAACUUAAAAAUCUCAAAUGGUGAUACAGUUGCACUUCCUGUGCAUAUUUCACUAUAUUUUUUUUUUAAAAGCUGGUUGUGAACCUGAUUUUUUGGGGGCCAGAAAUUACUUUUUACAAUUUACAGAUUUUAUAACGGUAGUAUACAUGUUAAGGUGUCAAAAUUGUUUUUAACAAACUAUUUUCAAAGAAAGCACUGCACUUUACCUAAGUCAGUACAUGCACGGAAUCAAAAAUUCACCAUUUUUAGCAGUUCCAAUUCAAAACUAUUAACAGUGAUGUAUGAACAUUCACGUACACAAUUGUAAACAAGCAUUUUAUUAGCAUUUGAAAUAAUUCAACAAAAAAUCAGUUACAGUGAAAGUCAGUUGUAGCGAAUACGGUCUAUAACGUAAAGUCCCCUACAACGAUAAUUGCCAUCGGCACCGUCAGUUUUGCAUAUGCUGCGUAGGAUAAAAAUUUCGGAAAUAACGAAUGCAGCGUGGGCUUAUUUUCGCUUUAGCGAUAGAUUGCACACCUGUAAUUUUACUCUAAAACAAUGAGAAAACAUCUACAAUUUCCUUAAUAAAUAAAAAACAGCUUUGCACAAUUCCACGCGUCUGGCAAAUGAAACAACGCGCAUGAUGUGGCUGUCUUGGCAACACCGCACAAGGUGGGGCCCCACAGCGAGCAUAGCUUGCCUCGCGGCGACGAAAGCAAGACAGGGCCCUGCUGCUAGCAUUAUUUAUUUAGAAUCACGCUGACUGUAGCCCGUAAAUGAGCAUAACUCGUCUCACACUUGCAUCGUAAGCGUGCGGGUAGUUGACGAACACGGAACUUGUCGAGCUCGUCUCUUCUAAUCAAAACGAAGCGGCGUCUGAAGAUGAUGACAAUAAUGACGACGAACCAAGUGACGUAUCUGUUCCGUCGAAAACGUCAAUGAUGGAGGCACUUGACACACUCAGUCAUUUUUAUCAGCAUACAAAUGCUUCGACAAAUGAUUUGAUGAACUUCCAAGAUGUCUAGUCGUUUAUUUUGUCCAAAAGUCUAGUGAAAUCAAGGCAAACGAAAAUUGAUUCGUUUUUUUUUUUUUAAAUUUAAUUUUGUGUUAUUUUCCAAGGGUCUGUAUGAGUGAUUAUUUUUGUGUUACUGACCUAUUGUCGGAAAAAUUAUUUUAUAUUAUUUGUAUGAUUGUCCAACGUAAUUAGAGAUUUUUAAAAAUUUUUUUUUGUAUUCAAAACUCCGCAAAUAUGCACCCUAUAUCAUCAGCUUAGCGACAUGUCUCCAGCAAACCAGCUGCGGUCAAAGCGACAGAAAGCGGCCGGCAUGACCUUGCGUGACCCCGCCCGCCCGUCUCCAUGUAAACAAACAGCUGUGCGCUUAGCCACGAUGUGCGUGACGGCCUUAUCACGGCCACGCGGUCACAUAUUUCGUAGUCGGCAAGUGCUGAUAUAGCUUAAAAAUGUUAUUUUAGUAAGUUUUAUGUAUAUUUUCUUUACUUUUGUUGUGAAUUUCCAUAGUAAAAACAAGCGAGAAAAUAAUAUAUAUUUAAAAAUGCUACAAAAAUAAGAUUUUUUUUAAAUUUUGGCUAUAAUGAAAAUUUGCUAUAACAUAAACUUUUGGCGCCGUUAUAAAUUUACGUUAUAACGGACUUUCACUGUAUUUCACUAGUCAUGAAAUUGUUGCAGAUCCAACACUGACUAUUUAACAUGCUAAACUUGUAAAAUAAGAAACAAUUAUGUAUUAAACAUUAAUAUAAAAAUUAUUUUAUCAGAAAAUUUUCAGUUUAAUUAACACUAUUUUUUUAAGUAAAGUAGUAAACAAGAAAAAAUAGGUUAGUCUACUUUCAAUUUGAUCUAUUAUUUGUGUAAAUAGUCAAAAUUAAACUGUAAUAGUAUACCAUUGAAACUGGGACAUUCUUUUACGGAACUCUGUAUAGUGUUAUCAUUCAUAUAAGUGUGAUUGAGUGUAAGAAUUAGCCCACUGAAAAUUUGCGGCCAUUAACUAACUUCAACAAAAAAAAAAUCUGACAUUUUAGUUCCCGAGAUGAGUCACACUUGAAUCGAAGGGCACCUGGUGUGCAGCCUUGUGAAUGAACUCAUCAUCAUGUGCAAUGGUUGUCCUUCACCUUCCAGUGAAUUCUACUACAAAGUUGUGAGCUCACAAAGUAGUUGUGUAUGUGACUCGUGGUGACUAAACAACUAAACAUAAAUUGACUGAUUAUUCAUCUGAAAUAACAAUGACAACCUUCAUGACAAUUUGAAAAAUACGUUGUUAUGGACUAAUAUUUAAUUAGCUAGUUACAUUGUUUUCUUCAUUGUUUUGGCAAAUUAUUUAGCAUCAACAUUCAUAUUUUACAAUAAUUACAAACCAGAUUUCUGAGAUCAUUCCAAGUUUUUAUCAACGAGGUUUCAUCGGUGUUUUAUUUCUCCUGGGCUAGACAGUAAACUACUCAAAAUACUCCAACUUCAAAAUCAGGAGCAAGUCAAGUACUUAAAACACGACUCAAAAUUUAGAGUAUUUGUGCACCCUCUACUAACAGCUUGAUAAGACUGAUUAUUGGAUUGCAUGGUAAGUUCCUAGUUGGCUAAUGAAUCAAAGUGCAAAUUCAUUUAUUGAAUGACGAGAGUACUGAUGUGAGGGACAGGACAUGACUAAGGUAAUAAUUUAGUAGAAGACUGCUUGUUUACAUUAAAUGCAGUACUUACCUUUUCUCCACAUUGCAAAAAAGUUGGACCUGAUUCUAGUGAUGCAAAAACAGAUAUAAUUGAACUUUCAAAUGCACUCUCUUUUUGCUCUUACAGUAGACUCCUGAUUAUGAGCCAACGUUUAUAUUCCGCAUUCCACCAUCCAUUAUGUCAGCACUCAUCAGCAGCUCUGGAGAGAAAUGCUAGAAGCUUUCAGGGCUAGUUUACCUCAUGCCCACUAGGAUGCGGUAGAAAAAGCGUUACAUGGAUUUUUAAAUUUAAUUUUAUGUUUUUUAAUCUCAAAAAUUUAUUCAACAUUUAUUUAAAUGUAUUUAGACAUAUAUUGGUCCUGCAAAUCAAUUUUAAUGAAAGUAGUGUCUGUAGUCAGCAAGCACACUUAAUCUCAUUGGAAAAUUAAUUAUUUUCAUUAACAUAAUGUCUUAUGUAAAAAAAAAGUAUUUGGUUAGUGCUGUUUUAAUAAGAGCUUAAUUUUCCUGGAAUGAAUUAGGGUGUUACUUCGAGGGGCGUCUGUAACAGUGUGUCUAGAUAGUCGGGAUAGAUAAAAUUUUAAGUUUUUUUUUACAUUGCUUUAAUUGUGUUUUUUAGUUAUCGGUGGACCACUUGCCAUUCAUUACCCCAGAUAAUCGGGAGUAUACUGAAUUUUUUUUUUUUAAAUCAUACUUAAUUUUUGAAUGCAAAAUCAUUAUUCAUUACAUAUUAUUGUUUUUAGUUUGAACUUCAGGUUGUAAGUCAUAAAUAAAAAAAAAAUGCCAUUCUACACAAACAUUGUAGACAUUUAACAAACUGAGCAUAAUCUGUAAAAAAUAAUAAAAUGUAGUAAUUGUGGUAGUUUUCUGUCUGCAUGUUUACGUACCACAUUUACAGCUGUCUACUGUCGCAACAUGGUUAGAAGUGAAAUAAAUAGGCCUGUAUGAAUAUUCAAAUACGGAUAAUAAACUAUUCAAUUUGAUUCUACCUCAAAUACUAACACUUCAAAAUAACGAAUAUUUGUUUGCUUUCGAAUAGCAAGUGAAAUUAGCAGAAAUGGUUUAUAAUAUUGCUGAACUAAAAUAGUUUACCUGGCUGCAGAUACCACUGAAAACGUGUGAAUAACUAGACUUUAAAUCUGUAAAUAUUAAAAUUUAAUCACUACUUUGAAAAUACAGCAUUAUAAAAAAAUUUUCACAUUUUUCGUGAAAUGGAUUACAUUGUAUUUCACUGUAUUUUGUGGUUCACGAAAAUUUUCUGGCUCAAUAUGAAGAGUGGCAGGUUCUGGAAAAUAAGGCGAAUUGGAACUGAAAUGUAAGGUUGGUUAGUUAGGUUAGCUGCAUAAUUAAAAACAAUAUAUUUUAUUUCACAAUUAAAUUAUUUUAACAAACAUUUUACGUAUAAUUACUGUAGCUGAACCUUUCUCUUUAUUUGUCUAAUUUUCCAGACAGACUACAUUUACUUCUUUCCCUCUGUAUUUGUUACAUGUUGUGAAAAAAAAUGUUUUAGUGGUAUUCUAAUUCUCAUUCAUACUAUUUGAAUUUGAGAAUAAUUUGGUAUUCGUGUUUGAUUCGGAUUAAAAAACUGAUAUUCGCACAGGCCUAGAAAUAAAUGUUUGUUACUGAAAUUUGUUGAAAAGUUAUAUAAAAUGUGUUAAAGUAAAAAUUUGGAAAAUGACAUUGCAUAUCUAUGUUGUAUAUCGUAGAAGAAACAGGAUUUGACUUGCAAAUGCAAGAAAAGCCUACGAUUAAGGACGAAACCUAAAAAAGCUGAAAAAUAUUGACAGAAAAAGUAUCCUAAUGGGCAAAAAGUGAGACUAGUAACGUUUACAGAUAUAAAUUAAUUCUCUGUUCACUCUUACCCCAGUUUUAAAGUCAACAAAUAAAUGUGAGGAACAGGUACUAAUAGUACUCAAGAUUCUUGGCAAGAAAUUGAUCCUUGUUCGCUGCUCUUACUAAACGAUAGACAUGCAAUGUAAUAUGGUACUGUAAUCGAAUUUUCCUGUUAUUUUUAUAGUAUAAUUUAGAAGGUGGUUUAAGUUUUGUAUAGUUUGAUGUUGUAUAUAAUAUGUAUGUAUUCCAGUCUGACAAUCUUUGGGAGGUGAUUUUUUUUAUAAGAAAAAAUGGUUUAACUUUAUUCCUUUACGUGUGAAAGUUUAUCUGACAAAUAAAUUUACAAUGAAACCUCUAUAUGACAAAACUAAAGGGACUGACUUUUUUUUUGUAGAGGAGUCCUUCAUAAUUUUAGUAAGUCUACAAUUUUUGAUUUUCGGUUCUUCCUGGAUUAAACACGUAUAAUUUUAAGUGAGAUAGUCACAAAAACUGUAGUACAUUUGUUAUAGAAGUUGGUUUCCAGAAGAAAUUUUUUUUUUUUGUUGUGUUCCACUUAUGUUAAUACUAGUUGUAUCUAAUUCCCAGAUGUCAUGAAAUUGAGUCUACCAGAAGAUAAUAUGUAGUAGGGAAAAAAGUUUUCUUAAAGUAAGUCAAACAAAAAAACCUAACAAACAUAAAUACAUUUAUCACUUAUUUAAGUCUACAAUAAAGGAGAAUUUUUUUUUUCUUUACAUCUUACUAUUACUUAAUUUGCACCCUUCAGGACUUUCUCAUAGUUUUGCAGUGUUCUAUUGCAGCUUUUUGUUUUUCCAUGAGUAUUUAAAAAUUAUAAUUUUAACAUACACUUUAUUGCCUUAAAUAUUUAAAAACUUUUCUUCAGUUUUGAGCAUUACAUAUUAACCAUUUAUAAUAUAUUAUAUGAAUCGAUACUAUUGUCUUUGUUAUAAAGGAGUUUUCAUUCAAAAGAGAAAAAUUGUAUAGAGGUGAACUAAAUCAACAGUUUGUAAACAGGUCAAUAUAGAGGUUUUACUGUAAUUGCAAUAACCUUGAACAUCUGUCAGUAUUCAGCUUUCACACAUGUAGACAUGCAAGUACUGAGCAAGCAGUGAGUAUCAUCAACCUCCAUCAGGGAGAAAAUAAUGGGUCACACCAAAAUGUAUGCUGUUGAUUGUUGAUUGCAGUCAUCUCGCACCCCAGAGAUGUAGUUUGCAAGAAGUUGCUUCAGUGAGAGUACGUUUAUCUUUCGUAUGUAAUAUUACAUUUUUAAAGGUAGUUGUAGUUUUCAUUUUAAAUUUAACUGCAUCAGCGACAGUUUUCAAAAUCAUGCAUCUCUAAAUAGCAAAUAAUGUGCGACUUUGGGCAAUCCUUCAAAACUCAGCGGCCACGUGGUCUAUAUACAGAUACAUACAUGAUAAUAUAGUGUGUGGUGUCUGGUUUUUAUGCACUGAAUCAUAUGUUUUUGUGCAUUUUUUUUUCUUCCAAAAAAUUGGAAAAACUUGUGUGUUUUGCGUCUUUUAUUGGGCUAUAGUAGUUACAAAAUUCAGUAAAAGAACAUAACGACUAAACCAAUAACAAGACAUAAAACUGAACAGUCUUGACUACAACAUAUUCUUACAAGAACAGCCGCCAAUAAGCUAAUGUAAGUUUUAAAAAAAGUGAACAAGUGAAUGUCCCAUGACUAGAGCAUGGAGUUCUAAAAUUUAAAGAGUAAUACAAAAUAAGUUACAGCUGAUACUUUACCAUACUAAUUAGUGUGUUAAUCACUUUUUUCCUUCUUUGAUGCAGUUGAUGUUAGUUACUGCUUGUUCAUUACUUCCGUGUGUUCAUGCAUGAAAGCUGAAUGUAGACAAAGUUCCAAUUACAUUUUACUAAGGCCAUUAUGCAUUUAAACAUUUUUCAUUUUUUGUAAAAUAUCCUGCCCCAAAGUUGUUUGAAUUCCAAUACAAUCUCAAGUGAUGUAUAAUACACCAUCCACUUUAUUUGUUGUUAAAUGCACUUAUUGUUUGUACAGUGGAUAGUUUAUUGUAAUUAUAAUGCUGUGCAAAGAUAAAAUGUUAAAGUUUAUUAGAUUCAAAGAAAAUAUUAGAAGUAUUCCUGAAAUAAAAUUAAAUCAAAAGAUCAAAUUAUAUCCGCUUGUACAUUUGUGAAACAUUCCUAGCAAUUUAAUUUUUACUUUCAUUCAUAUAAGGAAUUUAUGGACAAAUAUGAAAGUUGAUAUGGUUUAUAAGCAUUUUUUUAAUAGUAAAAUAAUAAAAUCCAAUCAUGCAGAGGUAAAAAAAAAUUAAAUACUGAGGGUUUCAGAUUAAAAAUAUUUUCAAUGAUUAUUGAAAUUCUGUGGUGCUUUCCCUCCAAAUCUUUCAUUAUAUCUAAAAUUUUAAUUUUUCCAAAACCUGUGACAAUGCCAAAUGUGAAAUAAAAUAGUACUUGAUUAUUUUUCCAUCUGGAAGGGAGAAUAUCAGUAUUUUUAAGGGUUAUAAAGUGAAAAGUUUUUAAAUUCUACUUUAUAAAGAGAGAAAAUGAGAAAACACUAAUACAGAAAAAAAAACUGAUUUCACAUGGGUGGUCAGAGACCCUUUCCACCCCCUUCCUUUGGCUUAUCCUCCUGAUCCUUCUGCCACAGAUAAUGAUAGCUUGGUGCUUGCUAUGUCUUCCCAGCAUUCGGCAGUCUACCAUUGUGUUAUUGCUUGCUAUUGGACAUGCUGUUUUCUUCGGUUUCUACAAAAUUGUUGGCACCCAUACGUUUUUUUGGACCCCCUUUUUUUAAAAAUAUAAUAUACUAAGUUCUGAUUCGUAGAUGAUGAUUUGAAAGUAAUCCAGUUUGUUCCCUCAUUAAAAAGUACAAUAUUAUUCAGGAAGUGGAUGAAAACAAGUUGUCGAAGAUGGAGAAUGCUCAGCAGCACGGCAUCCCGGAGUCAACUCUCUUCAAUGUUUUCAAAAUGAGAAGAAAUUGUUAAUGCAGUGCAAUAUGCAAUUAAAAAAUCAAAGGAACACAAUGCAAACAGAUCUAGAGGAAACUAUGCUGGAAUGGUUCAACCAGCUCAGAGCACUAAAUUUGCCAGUAAGCAGACAAAGCUGCAAAGAAAGGCCGACAAACUUGCCUUGAAGUUAGGCAUUCACAACUUCAAAAGCUUGAAUGGGUGGCUGGAUCGUUUUCAAAGCAUGCCAGGAAACAGCCAGCCACAAAAUCAUCUGCAAAAGUUCAUUGGUCGACUCCACAUGGUGAGUGAGUGGUUGUCCUAGCCUCCAAAACCUCAGGCUCUACCAGCUCGAGAUGAGUACAAUGCUGACGAGCUGUGUGCAAGGUGCAAAGAGGAGAAACCCUAACUGCCCUUCUAUGCAACAUGUAUGGCAGUGACAAGAUGAAGCCCCUGGGUUUCGGAGGCUACUUAAUUCCAUGUCCUAACGAUUUUAAUAAAAGAGCCUGGAUGACCUCAGCAGUGUUCACAAGGUGGCUUUGUCACAAAUAUGGAUACUGCAAACAGAAAGGUCAUCCGUCCUCUUCAUUGACAAUUGCCCCACAGAUCAUACAUCCUACUCUCAACAACCUCAGAAAUAUUGAUCUAAUGUUCCUGCUGCUUCAGCCACUAGACCAGGGGAUAUCCAACAGUUAAAGCUGAAGUUCCAAGAGAUGCUUGUGUAGAGCAUGAUUUUAAAGACUCAGCCUAGCAAAGAAAUGAAGAAGUGGGACACGUUCAGGGUAAUGGAAGCAAUCGUUGCUAGUUGUAUGGCAGUGAAACAAAUGACCAUUGCCAACUGCUUCCAACACACCCACUUCCUCACACCAGUCGACGGAGAGGCUGCCUUCAACCAUGACGAGCCGGAUGACCCACCGACAGUGGAUGCUGAGCCCCAAACAGGCUCCUCAAUAUAGCCACUGUUGGACAUCUCAAAUAAAACCUCCACUUGCUCUCCUGACUUAACUCUGCCAUGACCUGGACUGCAUGCUCAACAGUGUUGCAGUUGGGGUACCUUGGUUGAUGUCAGUCACGUCCAGGAUCAGCAAGAGUCGAGCGAUGUUGAAGAGGAGCUCGAAGAACAACACUACAAUGAGAGACAUUCUUAAGGCUGGUCAAGUAUAUCUGCCAAUGUUAUAGCAUAUGGUGCAAGUGAAUACUCAGAGAUGUUAUGGUUGUUUUUUUUUUCUUCAUCUGAAAGAGUUUGUGGAGAAAGUUAAGACCACCAUUAAGGACUUAUUCAAGAAGUGCGGGAUUAAAUUUCACGUACCAUAUGUAUUAUGUAUGAGAAAUUUUCUUUAGUUGUUUUUUGUAUGUGUGUAUAUAAAUAAAUGAUCAGCCACAACUGUCA